AUGUCCUCUGUAGAAGAUCCAUUUGAUCAAGUUCUUAAUGAUACUGAAGAACAAAUCAAGAGGUUGAAAGAUUAUCUAAAAUCACACGGUAAUCAAAACGAUGCGGAAAUUGACGGUAUAUUCAAUGACAUUAAAGAAACAAUUGUUGACUUAGAACGAAGCAUAAUUGUGAUACAGAGGUCUGGUAAGGAUACGGUCGAACGGGAGACAAGGCUGAAUGCUGUACGAUCUGAAUUAGACAAAUUGCAGAUUGUAAGGGAUAGCACCAAUACUGCCAAUACUGCCAAUACCUUUGAUCCAAGUGAGACCAACCAGAAUGUUGACGACAUUGAAAUGGAUGGUGGCGUAGCAAAUCCUUUCCAAGAGCAAAUGUUAAGAGAGCAGGAUGAUCAGUUGGACAACAUUCAUAAAAGUAUGCAAACGUUGCAUUUGCAUGCUCAGACGAUGGGCCAAGAAUUGGAAGAUCAGGGUCAAUUGCUAGAUGACAUGAACGACAAAUUCGAUUCAGUAACAACUAAACUGGGGCUGAGUAGAAGAAAAUUAGAAUGGGUAUAUGAACAAAAUAAAGAAAAAUAUGAUAAUUGCUGCAUCGGUUUAUUAAUAGUCGUAUUGAUAGUUUUAUUAGUAUUAGCAUUCAUUGCAUAG